CCAACACCCUCAACUAGAGCUUCAACAAACUCAGCUCUUCUAGCUUGAUUUUUUGCAUGUUUUCCUUCAUUAAGCUCUAAGAUCAACAUGCCAAAACCACAAACAGGUUAAGUUUAGAGAACUCUCACCAAUAUCUGUAAAUCUGUAGAAAACAACACAGUAAAAAAUUAUUCAUUCCCUUAUCUAGGUAGAGAGGGCAACUCAUAUUAGGCUAGAACAAAAUUAACUCCUUCAGUUGUCCUAAAAUAAAAGAAGCAAAUGAAAGCAAAUCGGAGGAAAUACUCAACUCGAUCUAAAAAAAGGAAAGAAAGUUCAGCGAAAUUUUCCUCUCUAAAAUUUAGAGAGAAACGAACCGCUUGUUAUUAACCUUUAUAGGCCCAUUUACUUGUUGGCUAUCUUUGGAAGCUUUUGUGAUCAAAUGAUCCAUCAUCUAUGAAUUGAUCUAAUCAAAAUCCAUCAUCAUUCAUCAUGGUCGAAAUCAAAGAUAACAUUGACACAUGAGCACAUAUUAGUUAUGAGAUUCGUCCAGAAACCCAACACUGAUCCUGACCUGCCAACGUUCGUGUUACCUCAAUUUCUCAACAGUCUAAUCGAGUACCAAACGCCUUGCAAGUCGAGAAAUUUCAAGGAAAAAAUCCUCAAGAAUUGGUAUGGUUUCUCGCCUUGCUGAACCUUGUCUGCAACUUUUAUGUUCAGUCGAGGCACUAAGAGUAGAUAAGCCGGUGGGGAUUUCGAAGUCGAUUUUGGUUUGUUCUACAACUUUUGGUUUUUUAAGCACAGAUUUGGGUAAAUUCUGGUGCUUGUUGAUUUAUAUGGGUUAGUCUGAUUAAAAGAAGCUACCGGAGAAACAGGAGAAGAGUUGAGGAAAGAGGGUUGAGAGAUGUCAUCAAAAUCGACAAGCAAGGCUAAUAGUGCAAGGAGCAGUUCUGCUCGAUCAAGACAAAGUGCGCGUGUGGUUGCUCAGACGCCAAUUGAUGCAAAAUUGCAUGUUAACUUUGAAGAAUCUGAAUGCCAGUUUGAUUACUCUACAUCAAUUGACUUCAAUGUCUCGAGUUCAACUAGCAAUGUUCCUUCUCAAACUGUGUCUGCUUACCUCCAAAAGAUGCAGAGAGGUGGACUUAUUCAACCAUUUGGCUGCAUGAUUGCUGUUGAUGAGCAAAAUUUGAAGGUUCUUGCCUAUAGUGAAAAUGCCCCAGAAAUGUUGGACUUGGCACCACAUGCUGUUCCAAGUAUUGAGCAACAAGAAGCUCUGACUUUUGGAACAGAUAUACGAACACUUUUCCGGCCCCCAGGUGCAGCUGCCUUGCAUAAAGCAGCCAAUUUUGGGGAAGUUAAUCUUCUUAAUCCCAUAUUGGUCCAUUGUAAAACCAGCGACAAGCCAUUUUAUGCAAUUUUGCAUAGAAUUGAUGUGGGGUUGGUUAUAGAUCUGGAACCAGUUAAUCCAGCUGAUGUGCCAGUUACAGCUGCUGGGGCAUUGAAAUCAUAUAAACUUGCUGCCAAAGCCAUCUCAAGGUUGCAGUCAUUGCCCAGUGGGAAUAUAUCACUAUUAUGUGAUGUUUUAGUUCAGGAAGUUGGUGAUUUGACUGGUUAUGAUCGAGUUAUGGUUUAUAAAUUUCAUGAAGAUGAGCAUGGGGAAGUUGUUGCAGAGUGCUGUAAACCUGAUUUGGAACCUUAUCUUGGCUUGCAUUACCCAGCUACGGAUAUACCACAAGCUUCAAGAUUUUUCUUCAUGAAAAACAAGGUACGGAUGAUAUGUGAUUGUUUGGCUUCCCCAGUAAAAAUAAUUCAAGACAAGAGCUUGGCACAACCAUUAAGUCUUUGUGGAUCCACGUUGAGAUCUCCUCAUGGUUGCCAUGCACAAUAUAUGGCAAAUAUGGGCUCAAUUGCAUCUCUUGUGAUGUCUGUGACAAUUAAUGAGGAUGGUGAUGAGAUAGAAAAUGAUCAGCAGAAGGGAAGAAAAUUGUGGGGUUUAGUGGUUUGCCAUCACACGAGCCCCAGGUUUGUUUCAUUUCCUGUGAGGUAUGCUUGUGAGUUUUUGAUCCAAGUUUUUGGUGUUCAGAUCAACAAGCAAGUGGAGUUGGCAGCUCAAACAAGGGAAAAGCAUAUUUUGCAAACUCAAACUUUACUUUGUGACAUGCACCUUAGGGAUGCUCCUGUGGCAAUUAUUACUCAAUCACCUAAUGUGAUGGAUCUUGUCAAGUGUGAUGGAGCUGCUCUUUACUAUGGGAAGAAAUUUUGGUUGGUUGGUGUUACCCCUACAGAGGCACAGGUUAGAGAUAUAGCUGAAUGGCUUCUUGAUUAUCACAGUGAUAGUACAGGCUUAAUUACUGAUAGCCUUAUGGAAGCUGGCUACCCUGGUGCUUCAGUUCUUGGUGAUGCAAUCCAUGGGAUGGCUGCUGUUAGGAUUACUUCAAAAGAUUUCCUUUUUUGGUUUAGGUCCCACACUGCUAAAGAGAUUAAGUGGGGUGGUGCAAAGCACGACCCUGUUGACAAGGAUGAUGGAAGAAAGAUGCACCCCAGAUCAUCAUUCAAGGCUUUUCUGGAGGUAGUUAAACGGAAGAGCUUUCCUUGGGAAGAUAUUGAAAUGGAUGCCAUUCAUUCUUUACAGCUGAUAUUGAGAGAAUCCUUGCAGAAUGAGGCCGCAGAUGUUUCCAAAACGAUUGUGAAUGUUCCAUCGGUUAAUGACAGAAUUGAAAGAGCGGAUGAAUUACGCAUCUUCACAAAUGAAAUGUUUCGUCUUAUUGAGACAGCUGCCGUACCUAUUAUGGCUGUAGAUGUCUUGGGUAAUAUAAAUGGCUGGAAUUCUAAAGCAGUUGAACUAACUGGUCUGCCUGUCGACCAAGCCAUUGGCAUGCCCUUAGUUGAUCUUGUUGAGGGUGACUCGAUCAAUGUAAUGACAAAUGUACUAUCUUCAGCUAUGCAAGGUGUAGAAGAGAAAAGUGUUGAAAUCAAACUUAAGACUUUUGGUCCUCAGGUAAACAGUGGUCAUGUAUUUUUGGUAGUUAAUGCAUGUUGCAGUCGAGAUGUAAGGGAAAAUGUGGUGGGAGUUUGCUUUGUUGGGCAAGACCUUACAGGGCAAAAAGUGGUUAUGGAGAAAUACACCCAUAUGCAAGGUGAUUAUGUUGGAAUUGUGCGCAACCCGUCUACCCUUAUUCCACCAAUUUUUAUGACAAAUGAGAAUGGUCAAUGCCUGGAAUGGAAUUAUGCUAUGCAGAAAUUGUCUGGUUUGAAGAGGGAGGAAGCUGUUGAAAAAAUGCUUCUUGGGGAAGUUUUCACGGUCAACAGUUUUGGCUGUCGGGUCAAAGAUAAUGACACGUUAACCAAACUCAGGAUAUUACUGAACAGGGUAAUUGCAGGCCAGGAUGCAGAGAAAAUGUUAUUUGGAUUCUUUGAUCAGCAGGGUAAAUAUGUUGAAGCUUUGCUAUCUGCAAACAAAAGAACUGAUGCAGAGGGAAGGAUCACUGGAGUUCUGUUCUUCUUGCAUGUGGCUAGCCCAGAACUUCAAUACGCUUUGCAGUUGCAGAGAAUGUCAGAACAGGCUGCAGCUAGCAGCUUUAAUAAAUUGGAAUAUGUUCACCAAGAAGUCAGGAAAACUUCAAACGGAAUUAUGCUAAUGCAGAAUUUAUUGGGUAAUUCAGACUUAAGCGAAGAACAGAGACAGCUUCUGAAGAUGAGCAUUUUGUGUCGAGAACAGUUAAACAAUAUUAUCAAUGACAAUAAUCUUGAGAGCAUUGAGGAAUGCUAUAUGGAAUUGAACUCUGGUGAGUUUAAUCUUGGAGAAACUCUGGAAGUUGUCAUAAAACAAGCUAUGACACUAAGCCUGGAGCGGCAGGUGGAGAUUAUACGUGAUUUACCAUCAGAACUGUCAUCCAUGCACUUAUAUGGAGAUAACUUGAGGCUUCAGCAAGUCCUUUCAGAUUUUAUGACAAAUGCACUCAUCUUUACCCCUGCAUUUGAGGGUUCAUCAAUUGCAUUCAGGGUAAUUCCAAGAAAGGAACGUAUAGGGAAGAAGAUGCACAUUGUUCAUCUUGAAUUUUGUAUCUCCCAUCCAGUCCCAGGAAUUCCAGAAGAUUUAAUGCAUGAGAUGUUUCACCACCGCCAGGGAGUUUCAAGAGAAGGCCUUGGCCUAUACAUCAGCCAGAAGCUUGUGAAGAUUAUGAAUGGAACUGUACAGUACCUUAGAGAAGCAGAAAGGUCAUCUUUCAUUGUCCUAAUAGAAUUUCCGUUGGCUAACCAGAUUAACGUUAGUUAAACUGAAUGGUUUCAUCAGUAGAGGAGAUGAACAAUAUCUACUGUCGGCUCAUGCCAUCAUAGAAAAAUGACUGUCUAAAUAGCUCGGCAAUCGGCAUUGAACCAGCAGUCACUUCAAGGCUGCCUGCUACUGGAAAUUACGCAUUGCAGCUUCAUGCAGUGCCUUAGUGUCGUAGAGAUUGUAAAGCCGGUGAGGAUUUUAUCUGGGGAUUCUAGCAAUGAAGAAGCAUAAUAAGUUCGGUCGAACACAGUCUCUUUCCAUGAUCUUCAUAAAUCAUUCCCUCCCUGUCAAUGAGAAAUUGUGUAAUUUAUUUAGCUUGAGCUGUCUCUUCCUUUAAGCUACAGAAGACUCAACCCUUAUGUUGUACAGUGGAACUACUCUUAGGUUAUCUAGGUUUAGCAAGGCUAUCCAGGGAGUUGUAUGGCUAAGGAGUAUGAAAAUUUAAUUUUGCGAGUUUUCAGAAGUUUAAGAUUGUGUGAUGUUGAUUACAUUGAUGUAUGAGGAAGAGGAUAAGUAUCAGCAGCAAGAUGAUAUUUAAUAAUUUGAGAUAAUUUUUAUAA